AUGGCAGUGACUAGUACUCUAUCUCCAUCUUUUGUCGUUUCCACCGCGAUUACUGCGGCACCGGUUCCGUCUUCGCUGCCGCUCCAAAUCGUCAUCGAGCCUGAUAUUGGGGGAACGCUGGAUUUUUUCCCCUUUCGCGACCUUGCCAAUAUCGGAAACCCGGACGAUGACGCCUUCAGUUUCAAGAAUCUCAUCAAAUCGAGCAUUGAUGGUGACCAGAGCAUUUUGCUCUUCAGCACCGGUUGCGAGGUUGACGGCGUCGAGGACUGCACCCGUGCCUGCAACCGCACUGACACCUUCUUCGGCUCUCUCGAGACGUUCUAUAACUGCAUCGCGCUAUCUUCCAUUUCCCACUGGACUCAUGACACUCAGAGUUAUUACAUCACUCCCGAGGCGGAGCAAAAUGCCAGCAGCAUCAUGGGCUCUGGCAGCCUCGCCGAAUUCGAUUAUAAGCCUACUCUCGACUCGUUUAUAACUUGCGCCCAAGCAGCAUGUGGAAGUGACUUGUUAAGCGUAUCAUGCGACCCCUCGAUCAAGGCACUCUCUAGAGACAAAUCGAGUGCUGAUCAGAUAUUCGAAGCAAUGGAUACCUUUUGCCCAGAUAUUCCUGCUAAUAUUGAUCCUGACAUCUUUGGGCCUGGAGUGCUAAUCUCCUAUGUGCUUCAAGUAUGCUUUUCAGGAUCUCUGUAUCUGGCCGUCCAGGGAUUUACCAUCUGGGCACGCCGCACCGAGAAGAAGCGGGAGCCCUUUAGUCUUACCCGUGCCCAGUCAUUAGUCUGGAGAGACACGUCCACCCUGUCACGAACCAGUGUGGCCAUGGCCACCACUCUCGUCGAGUUUCAAGAAGCCCAGUGCUGGUUUGUGUUUGCAUUGCAGAUCGCCUCUAUCCUUGCCAUAGUCAUCAACUCUCAGGAAGGCACCUUCUGGGGCGAGAUUAUCGUCAACGGCGCCGUUGCCUUCCAUGUCAGUCUCAACGGCGUUCUCCCCAUGUUUCUGGUCCAAGUGUGUCUUCACAACGAAGGCAUUCGCAAUUGGCAUACGUUUCUCGGAUUUUGCGCCGAAUAUUUAUUGGCAAUCAUUGCAUCGACACAGAAAAUUAGCUUUGCAUCUACUUUUGACCUGUUCAAGCAGCAGCACAGCAUUGAGGAAUGCGGUGGCAACCCGAGCCCUCGAACGUAUUGUGCGGCAACGCAUGGCGUCUCUGGACUACACUUGACAUUUUUCCCGCAUCCACUCCUCUAUAAGAUUGUGUUUUUGGGUCUGGACAGCAUUGCCUUUAUUGCGCUUGUGGUUGACCAGCUAAGUUGGACACUGCGAAAACAUAGACGGACGAAACACUUGAGAUUCGGUAGCUGGACGCCUGGUCGAUGGCCUGAGAACAGUUUCCGGCGCCACUGGAAGACAAUCACCAUGUAUUUCUGGAGAGGCUUGGAAAUAGCCUACUUCAUCAUCAAUAUCCUGUACAUGGUUUCUCUCGUCACGGUCAUUAACGCAAAGAGCUUCGAGGCCAACAAAUGGUCCUAUGGGCAGAUCAUUGCCAUCACUUGUUGGGGUCCCGUCAUUGUCAAACUGAUAGACCUCAUAAUAUCCGGGCCGCCAAAGAACGGCGAACGACUCAAUUCCGGACCACCGCGAUUACGUAUAGACAACAUCAUAAACCAUAGACUGAUAUCAGAAUACGACGACGAAAUCACGCUUCGGCCGGACGAGCCGCUUACGCUCAGGCCUGAUUUGAAGACUGCGGGAACGACCUACUCCCGACCGGAGACGACAUUUUUCGAGCCUGGAGACAGAUAUGUCUCUGGUGGACGAGACUAA